AUGGGUCUUCAUCUGGGAGAGGCAUCGAAGCGGUUAAGAGGGGAAAGAUACCUCACGGGCAGGAGGCGCUGGAAGGACCACCUAGAAAGUUUGAAUCAACAGGGGAAUAACAGAACACGGGUAACGAGAAUAGUUGGAAACGGUGUUAAUCAUCUGACAUUAGUGGACACGUGGAUGGAGGCUCCGACGGCUACGGCCAUAGCCGAACUUGUAAUUGGCACUUUUGAAAAGACAACCUCCCUUUAUACCAUAAAGUUAAGCACUAAAGGCACCGGCGGAAUUAUCACAAGCAUGAGUACAAUUAUGGUUAAGGUGAGGAGCAAGCCAGUGCUCGCCUAUCUAGCAAGUUAUCUGACAAAUUAUAUUGUGAUUAAAUUAAUCUUAUUCACGCAUUAA